UGUGCGUGUAUGUGUGAGUGUGAGUGUGUGUGUUAUGUGUGUGUGAAGGAAUAAGCAUGUUGAUGCUCAGGCUGACUGUGGUACUGCUCUGCUGCUGCUGGGUUCUCUUCUUCUCUCCAGCCAGCGGCCAGAUGGGCAGUCAGGUCUUCUCAAGGGGACAUGGAGCCGAACGCAUAAAAGUGCUCUUUACGCCAACCAUCUGCAAGCUCCGCUGCGCCCAGGGACGCUGCACCAACUACUGCGAGCGAGGCAACAUUACCACUCUCUACAACAGCCAACAGGACGGCCCCAACACACAGCCUCGCCAGGGUUCUGGCUUCAGAGUCUUCCUCUGCCCCUUGUUGUGUAAGAAUGGAGGGGUGUGCAUCCAGAAGGAUCGAUGUCUCUGCCCCCCCAACUUCACCGGCAAGUUCUGCCACAUCCCUGUCACUGCCUCCUCCACCAAUGACAUCGAAAAACCGCCGCCCAGCCCCUCUGCAUCGGCCAAUCAGCGGCUGACCCACUCAGAAUACAUUCUGCCUCUACAGACCCCUCAGCAGAGUCAUUCCAGCGGUCCUUCAUUAGUGAAGGUGCGAGUCCAGCACCCCCCUGAGGCCAGUGUGAAGAUUCACCAGGUUCUAAAGGUGGGCUAUGGCCCCACAGUCAGAGAGCACUCAGAGACGGUCACCUGGUCAGCCGGACUCUCGAGGGCUAGGACCAGCCAACUGCCCGGAGAGAGGGCAGAGGCCCCGCCCCCUCAGAUCCAGGCUCAGACUAUCCGAGGUGAUGCGACUUACACUGAGACAUCUGGAUUCAAAUACUGUUUCAGAGAGGUCCGCAAUGGACAGUGCAGUUCUCCUCUCCCAGGCCUGAGGAGUCUAGAGACGUGUUGCAGGGGUGUUGGGAUGGCCUGGGGUAUUAACGAAUGUACGCUUUGCCCAAAUCGCUCAGCUCAAAAGGUAAUAUCAGAGGAGAAGGAUCAGUGCUUCCGCAUCUUAAACCAAGGUUCCUGCUCACUGCCCAUCCUCAAGAACAUCACCAAGCAGAUCUGCUGCUGCAGCCGAGUGGGUAAAGCCUGGGGCAAGAAAUGUGAGGGCUGCCCUUAUUUUGGCUCAGUGGCAUUUAAAGAGAUUUGUCCAGCUGGACCAGGGUACUAUUACUCUGCCUCCGCCAUCAAGUUCAACCAGAGGCUGGCAGAGCAACAUGGAACAGGAGGUCCCAUCCUUGUCUCCCAGACUAGCACAACAGACACCAGACCUCAAACACCAACCAACACACAAACCAAACCCCAAACACCAACUAACACACAAACGAGAGUACAAACACCAACUAGCCCUCAGACUAGACCUCAAACACCAACCAGCUCUCAAACCAUCACAAUCCAACGACCAGCAAGCUCACAAAUCACCAAUGUUCAGCUACCAGCCAGAACAGGCUCUGUCAGUACUCAGUCCAGACCACAACCUCCAGUCCAGGAACCCUCAGGCACUCGUCCAGGCAGCACUGUCACAGCACAACCUCCGCGUGGACAGAUUCCAACUGUUGUUCGAGCCCAAACUAGCAGGCCAUCUGUGAGCAGACAACCAGCAUCUCCAAUCAAACCUCUUCCUGUGCCUGCCACACCCCGUCCACCCCCGUCUAGACCAGGGCCCAGAGUUUGUGAAACACAACCACAGAUAUGCGGAGAGGGACGCUGUGUGGAUCUGCCUGGAGGAAGACAUAUCUGUUUCUGUAACCCUGGUUAUCAACCCAAUGCCCUGCAAACCCAGUGUCAAGAUGUGAAUGAGUGUUCACAGUCCCCUAGGCCUUGCUCUCCAGGGCAGUGUGAGAACACUCCAGGCAGCUACCGCUGUGCUUGUCCCACUGGUUAUCAGACCAACUCCCAGCAAAGCCAAUGUCUAGAUAUUGAUGAGUGCCGUCAGAUCCCUAACAUUUGUGGUAACGGCCGUUGUGAGAAUACCCCGGGCAGCUACAGGUGUUUGUGCAGAACUGGAUACAAACUGCAAGGCAAUGUCUGCACAGACAUCGAUGAGUGUGAGGACCCUCUGCGGUGCCCAGGUCAGGAGUGUGUGAACUCUCAGGGCUCAUACAGGUGUGUGUCAUGCAGGCCUGGCUUCGGCCUGCUGAACGGACGAUGCUCAGAUAUUGACGAGUGUCGUCAAAGCCCGAGCCCUUGCUCUAACGGCCGCUGUGAAAAUAUUCCCGGGAGCUACAGAUGUGUAUGUCGCACAGGGUACAGGCUACAGGGAAACACCUGCACAGAUGUGAACGAGUGUGAAGACCCUCUGCGAUGCCCAGGUCAGGAGUGUGUGAACACUCUGGGCUCAUACAGGUGUGUGUCAUGCAGACCUGGCUUCAGCCCACUCAACGGACAAUGCUCAGAUAUUGAUGAGUGUCAACAGAACCCCAGCCCCUGCAGUAAUGGACGAUGUGAGAACACACCUGGCAGCUUCAGAUGUGUUUGCAAUGCUGGAUACAGGCUACAAGGCAACACUUGCAUAGAUGUCAACGAGUGUGAGGACCCAACCCGGUGUCCAGGUCAGGAGUGUGUGAAUUCUCAAGGUUCCUACAGGUGUAUGUCCUGCAAAAAUGGCUUCAGCCUUCUCAAUGGACAGUGCAAAGACAUUGACGAAUGUCGGCAGACCCCCGGGCCCUGUGAUAACGGCCGAUGUGAGAACACACCGGGAAGCUACAAUUGUGUGUGUCGUCCUGGUUUUAGAUUAGAAGACAACAGAUGCAUGGAUGUGAACGAGUGUGAGAAUGAACUGCAGUGCCCUGGGAAGGAAUGUGUGAACUCUGUCGGCUCCUUUAAGUGUGUGUCCUGUGCGCUGGGCUUCGACGUACAGAACGGCCAGUGUCAGGAUGUAGACGAGUGUCGCCAGAUCCCCGACCCCUGCCCUAACGGCUCCUGUGAAAACAUACCCGGAAGCUACAGGUGUCUGUGUCGUACGGGGUUCAGACUGGAGGGCAAAACCUGCAAAGACAUAGACGAGUGUGAGAGACCGCAGAUGUGCAGCCCACAGAGUGUGUGUGUCAACACAGAUGGCUCUUAUCGCUGUGACUGUAAACCAGGCUACAGGUCGGCGGGAGCAGGCCGCCAAUGCAGAGACAUAAAUGAAUGUUUGGAGGGAGAUUUCUGCUUUCCUAAGGGAGAGUGUGUGAAUACAGAGGGCUCAUAUAAGUGUGACUGUGCUCUGGGCUAUCAAGCCAAUGCAAACGGCACAGCCUGCAUGGAUGUGGAUGAGUGUGGCAGGACGGGUGUGUGCCAGGACGGGCGGUGUGUCAACACAGAAGGCUCAUACUUGUGCCACUGCCAGACUGGCUUUGCCGCCAACCCAGAGAAGACUGCCUGCCUGGAUGUGGAUGAGUGUGUAGAUACAGCGGGUGUGGUGUGUGGGUCUCAGCGGUGUGAGAAUACAAUUGGCUCAUUCCGCUGUGUGACCUCCUGUGACCCUGGUUAUAGUAUCACAGCAACAGGAGAGUGUGUUGACAUAAAUGAGUGUGCCAACAAAACAGUGUGUGGAGAGAAUGCUAUCUGUCAGAACUUGAUUGGGACGUACCAGUGUAUGUGUGACCAAGGCUACGAGGCAACGGGUGAUGGACGUGUGUGUGUGGAUAUAAAUGAGUGUGUGAUCAUGCCAGAUGUGUGUGGCACUGCACGCUGUGAGAAUGUUGAGGGCACGUUUAUGUGUGUGUGUCCAAGUGAAGACCAGGAGUUUGACCCACGCAUGGUACAGUGUGUGAGCAGUGCUGGUACUCCAGUUGGACCUGUGUUCUCCGGCAGCUCUUCCACACACUCCUUGUCAUCAUCUACUGGUUUGGAGCAUGUGGCUGGUGGUGGCAGAGCUGUUGUGCCCGUACCCCAGGCGCCUCCAGGGGAGCGGCGUGAGUGUUACCAGCUGAUGGAAGAAAGUCGUUCGUGCAGUUUGCUGGCCCUUAACACCAGCCUGCAGGAGUGCUGCUGCACUGUGGGACAGGCCUGGGGCAUCCGCUGCGUGUAUGACGUGUGCCCUGCGUCCGGCACAGCGGAAUUUCAAACUUUGUGUCCAAGUGGUCGAGGAUAUGUUACAACAACAGAUCAGGAUUUUGGUUACAAUGAUGUGGAUGAGUGUAAACUGUUUACGACAGCAGUCUGCAAAAACGGAGUUUGUGUGAACAACAUUCCUGGCUAUUCCUGCUACUGUCCAAGCGGAUACCAUUACGACGCCGCCCUUCUGGAGUGCAUCGAUACUGAUGAGUGUGACACUGAGGACAUGUGUAUGGGUGGAAGGUGUAUAAAUACAGUUGGUUCAUACUACUGUUACUGUGAGCCUCCUCUAGUACUGGACAACACACAGAGCAGCUGUGUUAACUCCACUGGCCUUACAGUGGAUGAGCAGCUGUCAUUUUGCUGGCAGCAUGUGAGUACAGAUUUGAUCUGUCUGAACCCUCUGCUGGGAGGCCAGGUGACCUUCCCUGAGUGCUGCUGUCUGCAUGGAGAGGGCUGGGGCCUGGAGUGUGCCCUGUGUCCUGCCCGAGACUCAGAGGAAUUUGGGAUUUUGUGUAGAGACAUUAGUCCACCAUCACCCCCUUUGCCGUAUCCUGGCCGCUUCGGCUCUGGUCCGAGACGAGGAGGCAGUUCCCCACUGCCUUACCGACCAGACCUCUCCGAACCCCUGCCCGGUGGCCCAGAUGACUACCCUACAGACUAUGAUGAUUACUCCCCCCUGGGAGGAGCAGAUAGGAGGUCUGGAUUGAGAGGGAGACCACCCAGCUCAUAUGGUCUGCCUGACUCUUCUUAUAGCCGUCUGGGCCCUGGUCCCGGCCGGUACUAUGAUGGUGAGGAUUACGAGCCUGCCCCUGGACCUCCCUUCCGCGUCCCAGACCCCCGGAGCGAGCGCGCUUUUGGGGCCCGUCCCCCUCCCCCAGUUCCAGAAGGCCGACCUCUGAGGCUGGCCCCGCUGCCUGAGAACUCCCCUUAUAGAGAAGAUGAGGAAGAGGAAGAGCCAUGGAGAGCACCGCCUCCUUUCCCACCGUUCCCGGACCGGCGGACAGUAGGAGAGGUGCCACGACACCUCUACGAGAGGCGCUAUGAGCCAUACAGUAGUCUGAGUGCUGAGGAGUGUGGCAUUCUGCAGGGCUGUGAGAAUGGCAGGUGUAUCCGUGUGACUGAGGGUUACACCUGUGACUGCUAUGACGGCUACCAACUCGAUGUCACCACAAUGACAUGUAUAGAUGUGGAUGAGUGUGAGGAGAUGGACGUGCCAGACUGUGUGAACGGUCAGUGUGUGAACACAGAAGGCUCGUAUCACUGUGUCUGCUUGAGGGGUUUUGUCAUGUCUCGCCGGCCCAACCACUGCAUUCCUGCCUAGGUUCUGUGGCCCAACAUACUCUCCUAAUAGAUGGGCUAAUAGACCCAUCUGCAGUCUCACCUGAUACAUGAGGGUGGCAGCAUGAACACUCAUGUGUCACAUAUUUUACUCUGAGGCUGAUCUCCAAGCCCCAGUCCACUGUAAUGGUUGUAAGCAGGGUUCAUGUACUGCAGAUAAACAUCACUCUCAUUGUAUAGUGUAAUCAAACACACCAGCUCUACAUGUUUCAAACACAUAUUAGGGAGAGACCUUUUUAUAUUACACAGAAAUAUUUAGGUCUACACCACAGCAGUAAUUACUGGAG